CCACGACACCUCGGAGCCGCCUUCCUUCGCCUCUCUACUCAUGGAGGAGGGAGGAGAGCCGCAGGAGGGCGAGACGAAGUACCGUGGCGUACGGCGCCGGCCGUGGGGGAAGUACGCGGCCGAAAUCCGCGACUCCACCCGGCACGGCGCCCGCGUCUGGCUCGGCACGUUCAACACCGCCGAGGAAGCCGCCCGAGCCUACGACAAGGCCGCCUACGAGAUGAGGGGCGCCGUCGCCGUCCUCAACUUCCCCAGCGAGGUCCAUUCCCGCGGCACCUCCUCCUCCUCAUCAUCAUCUUUUUCGUCCUCCACGAGGGGAGCUCGUUCGAGCGCGGAGAAGCAAGUGAUCGAGCUCGAGUAUUUGGAUAACAAGGUGCUGGAGGAGCUUCUGGAGUCCGGCGAGAAGAGCGACAAGAAGUGAAGGCUUUGGAGUUUGCUGCGCUGUAACCGUCGAGCGUUUUUGGGAUGCGAACGCCUGAGAAGAAAGGAGGAAGACUUGGCUUUUGCGGACCACAGGAGAAAGUCUGGUUGGAGAAGAAAAUUAAAGAGAAUUUGAAGGUCGUAUGUUUGUUUGACAGAGACGUGUGCUGACGAGUAUUUAGUUGUGAUGGACUCCACUGAAGAUAGAUAUCAAAUGUGAACGGUUACCACUCGAGGAGUUUGGCUGAUGUGUACAUGUCGUCAUUACUUUGUAACAUUUGGGUCCAAAAGUGUACUUCCUCUUGAGCAGCACCUGAAUAUAUAU